AUGACAAGUACUUCGAUACCACGCAAACGUCUCUUCUCUGUCCACCGAUACCAAUUUUCUAGCACGAACAACGUCCGGUAUUUCAGUGCUACGACCAUACAAUGCAGACACUUCCUACGGCGGCUUUUGGGCUUUACACGGCCACCUGCAAGCCCGCAGCUAAAGCCGGAUGAUCUCCCUCAAAACAUGCCAAACUUCGAUGAUGGGAAUGAGAGCAACCCUUUCAAUGUAGGGCGCAACUUGGCGUUGAAAGUCUCAAAUGAGCCUCGACUUCGAUGUACGGAGUUUGAUGGAGCUGGAAACGUCACUCUUGUGAACGGGGAAUUCAAAAAAAGCGAGCUGAUUGCCAAGUAUGGCCUUCUGCCUCGAGACCUGAGAAAAAUCGAUUCUUCCGUUCUACCGCACAUCCUCAUCCGCCACAGCGCAAUCCUUAUCAGCCUCCUGCAUUUAAGGGUGCUGAUAAAAUCUGAUCGAGUCCUGGUAUUCGAUGCCUACGGUUCCGCGGACACUUAUACCCAGUCCCUGUUUAUGUACGACCUUGAGGGAAAAUUACGACAGAAAGAGCCAGCUUCACGAGCGGCCUGGACUUCAGGUGCUUUGCCCUACGAAUUCAGGGCUCUUGAAGCAGUGCUUGUAAGCAUCACUAGCGGGCUUGAAGCAGAAUUCGAAGGUGUUAGAGAGCCAGUUUCUAGGGUACUACGAGCCCUUGAAGAAGAUAUCGAUAGAGACAAACUCAGGCACCUCCUUGUCUAUUCUAAACGCCUUGGAACCUUCGAGCAGAAGGCUAGACUUGUCCGUGAUGCAAUCGAUGACUUGCUAGAGGCAGAUGAUGAUCUCACGGCGAUGUACCUCUCUGAGCGGUCAAAAGGAAUACACAGGGCUGAACACGAUCACCAAGAAGUUGAGAUGUUGCUGGAAUCUUAUCAUAAAGUUUGUGAUGAGAUUGUCCAAGCCAGCGGCAAUCUGGUGACCAAUAUCAGGAACACAGAGGAAAUUGUGAAGGCGAUUCUUGACGCCAACCGCAACUCCCUCAUGCUUCUGGAGCUCAAAUUUAGCAUCGGGACCUUAGGGAUGGCAGCAGGUACUCUAUUCUCAGCGCUCUAUGGUAUGAACUUGAAAAACUUCAUCGAAGAGUCUGAUCUAGGUUUUGGUGCUGUUUCCGCGACUUGCUUUGCCCUGACGGCGUUUGUAUGCGCAUAUGGACUUAUCAAGCUAAGAAAGGUCCAACGUGUCCGGAUGUGGGGAGAAAAUGGCAUUCAGGAAUCCUAUCGGGGAGGUUUAGCAGUACGGGGUUGUCCUCCGCCUGCUCCCCAGAGUAACUGGAGAUCGGAUUCUAUUAGCCCCGUCUUCCCUGGUGAAGAACGUACACAAAGGCUACGUCGCCUACGAGGCGUGUCGAGUCCUUCAGUACCCCCUGCUGCAUCACCAGCUACAGCAGCCACAAAUAAACUGAGGGCCCCAAAGGCUAAGAAGAAAGCAGAUCGAAAUACCACACCAGAGGCUGAAGAAGUUAUACACGAAGAAACUAUCCAUGAAUCACAGCCUCUGAGCUCCGCAGCUCGCUAA